GCAUAAAAAUGAAUUUCAUGAUGCUUUUGUUAAAUCUAUACAUUAUCCUUAUACUCGAAAGCAACUAGAAGAAAUGUCUGCUAAAUUUUUAUUAUCUUUAUUUAUUGAUAUUCAAAAUAAACAUGGUCAAAGUAAUAUAAUUUCUUUAAAACAAUAUUCUAAAUGUUUUUUAGCAGCAUUUAAUGCAAAUGUUGAUAUUCAAUGGUUACCAAUUGGGUAUCAUGCUUUAAAAAAGCCUUCAAAAGACAAAUUUUGUGAUGCAACAAAAUAUCGAUUGAAGCUUGGAAUUAAUGAGAAUGAAAUAAUUGAACCUGACAAUAAUGAAGUUGAAGAUGAUAAUGAAAAUGAAUGCGAAUAUAAAAAUAAUAAUGAUGAUAUUGGUCAAAUUGAAAUAGAUAAUAAUAUAAGCAAUCGUCUUGAUGCAGCUUUACGCUUGGGUUUAGUUGAGAUACAGCAUACAAUUUCAGGCAGGGGAACAAGCAAUUGCAUAAAUACACCUCGUUAUUUUUUCAAUAAUGAGAAUAUUCCAUUCCACAUUUGGAAUAAUAAAACAUGGUAUAUAAUCGCUGAAGCGAAAGUUGCAUUUCAUAAAGAUGUAUUCCAAAAAGUUAUCGAACGCUGGACAAAAGAAGUUCAUUUGAUAAUUCCACCUAUAGAAUAUGCUGAAAUUAUUAAUGACAUUGAAUUGGAAAAUGACAAUAUAGAUCAUAAUGAAUUGCACGAAGAAUCUUUAACCAUCAAACCUGUAAGAACAAUUCUUAGAAG